UGCACCAUGGAAUACGAAGUCAAGAAAGGGAAGAAGGCUUUUGUCUCUCCCAUCCGAAGACUGGUGUUCCCCAAGGCCGGGCGCCGGGCAGCCUGCCGGACCAGCGUGAGCCGCCGGCCCCUGCACUCCCUGCCCCUUUAUCCUCCUGACUACCUCAUCGACCCCCAGAUUCUGCUGUGUGACUACCUGGAGAAGGAGGUCAAGUUCCUGGGCCACCUCACCUGGGUGACUUCCUCCCUGAACCCUUCGAGCCGGGAUGAGCUCCUGCAGCUUCUGGACACGGCCAGGCAGCUGAAGGAGCUGCCGCUGAAGACCACGGCGGAGCAGGACAGCAUCCUGAGCCUGUCGGCCCGCUGCCUGCUGCUCACCUGGCGCGACAACGAGGAGCUCAUCCUGCGCAUCCCCACGCACGAGAUCGCCGCCGCGUCCUACCUGCAGGAUGACGCGCUGCACCUGCUAGUGCUUAAGACCGGUCUGGGAGUGGACCCAGUGCCCGCCGGCGUGGAUGCCAGCCCUGGCGGUGCGGGGCGCGACCCGGGCCCGCCAGGCGCCGCGCCCGAGAAGCGGCGGGUGGGCACGGCGGAGCGGCGCCACACCAUCUGCAGCCUGGACUGGCGCGUGGCGUGGGGCGGGGGCGCGGGCGCCGAGGCCCGGGCAGGCGGCGGCGGCGGCAGCCUGGAGCGGCAGCGCGCCGGGACGCGGGCGUCGGGCAGCUGGGAGCGGCGGCAGACGUUCAGCGGCAGCUGGGAGCGGCGGCACGCGGGCAAGCCGGGCGGCAGCUGGGAGCGCAGGCAGGCGGGCGGCGGCGGCGGCGGCAGCUGGGAGCGGCGCCACCCGGGGCCCAACCCGCUGGACCCGCAGGACCCCAGUCCCGACGCCUACUGCAACCUGGUCAUCCUGGCUGUAGCGGACAGGGACGCCGCCGAGGAGUCCUGUGCACUCAUCUGCCAGGUCUUCCAGAUCAUCUACGGGGACCAGAGCAUCGAGUGCGUGGACCGGGCUGGCUACCACUACACAUCCACACCCGAACGCCCGUGGCUCUGCAGCCGCAGUGAGAGCUGCCGCACGGACGGGACGUACGCCUACGACGCCGACUUCAGCUGCUGCAGCUCCUUCAACGGCUCCCAGGACACGUUUGAGGCCUGUUACAGCGGCACGUCCACACCCUCCUUCCACGGCUCCCACUGCAGCAGCAGUGACCACAGCGGCCUGGGCCUGGAGCAGCUGCAGGAUUACAUGGUCACGCUGCGGAGCAAGCUGGGGCCCCCCGAGAUCCAGCAGUUUGCGGUGCUGCUGCGGGAGUACCGGCUGGGACUGUCCAUCCAGGACUACUGCGCGGGCCUGCUGAAGCUCUACGGGGACCGGCGCAAGUUCCUCCUCCUCGGGAUGCGGCCGUUCAUCCCCGACCAGGACAUCGGCUACUUCGAGGGCUUCCUGGAGGGCGUGGGCAUCCGCGAGGGCGGCAUCCUCACAGACAGCUUUGGCCGCAUCAAGCGCAGCAUGAGCUCCACGUCGGCGUCGGCCGUGCGCAGCUACGACGAGGCGGCGCAGAGGCCCGAGGCGCAGGCCUUCCACCGGCUGCUGGUAGACAUCACCCACGACAUCGAGGCGCUGGCCCCUGAUGACGACGACGCCCAGGGCGCGGGCGACGCGGCUGAAGACAACUACCUGUAGCCGCCAUCCAUGGAGAGAGCUCGCAAGGGGAGCGGCCCUGCAGCCUGCCUGUCCGAGUGCAGUCAUUAUUGCCCAGGGGUCCUCGCCCAGUGUCCCU